UUCACGCAGUGUGCACUUGCUGUGGAGAUAACAAGGUAGCUUAUUGUUGCAAAUCAGUAGGAAACGUCGACACGUUUGUUGCUGACAUUUAGCUUAUGAUUGUUCUCAUAUUGGGUCUAUUAGUCUAAAGAAACACGCAGGACAUUUGAGGGUAGGCUACCUGGUGUCUGCUAGCGGGCAAGCUGCCUGUGCGAGGGGAGUCAAACCAGGCUAUGUACUACUUAAAGCCAGUGGUAAAGAAAAAACAAGAAACAAUUGUAAAAAGGUAGACUCUUGGACUUGUCGUGUGCUGAAUCACGAUAGGCCAAAUCUCUGUAACAAGAGAAAUUUGCUUUUCUCCUAGCUGCGUUCCGCAGCAGAAGAUUAUGUGAGAGGGGGAGCGCGCAGCUUCUAAUGCUCUCCGGAGAAAGAAUGUGUGGCAAGGGCAUUGUGUGCCAGUGGGGGCCCCUCCACAGACAGGCAUGUAAGGGCGAGAUCCAGGCUGACGAGAGGCGGAAAGACGCGCCGCGCUGGUACAAGUGCGGAAAGCAGCAAGGAUGGCGAGGGAGAAGGGGCAGGGCGCGCGGGUACCCCGAGCCCCGCAGACUGAACCAGUGGAGAGGAGCGCGUCCGUCAGACACCGUCUUGCGUCCUGUCAACAUCAAAGGGAACCGAGCACCAGGUAUGCGAGCACCAAGAAAUACCAAUCAGUUUCUAAUGCAUGAGAAGUAUCAGAUGAUGCAUAUGCGGUCAGAUUCUGUGGGGACAGACAGUGGAUCGGAUUGUGAAAUGGACUUUGCAGAUAUGGACUCGUAUCUUGGUGUUUUGGAGAACGCUAGAGGCGCUCUGAUGGACAGUCUUGAACUCUCCCCGCCGCCAUUAGGUUUAUUCUGUCCUCCACAAUUGGUCAAAUGUGACGCGUUCGCCUUCGACUUCGCUGUGCUGGACCAAGAAGAAAGUUUGCCGUAUUUUCCAUCAGAAGACGACGCCAAUCAAACUGAAGAUUUCAUGCAAAGAGACUUUAACGAGUUUUGUGACACAAUAGGUCCACCCGAGUAAGGCAGAUCAGCUUGCCAACAUUCCUGUUUUUGUUUACAUUUCCAUGUUUUUUUUACAUGUCAUUUGUCAAGAUGAUUUCUCAUUUGUAUUUCUGCAUGUCAUUUGAGUAGCCUACCACCAUGGGCAGAAACCAAACAUGACAUUAUUUUGACGACGGCUUGGGUAGGAGUGUGACUGAAGAACCAAUCAUAUUGCAGCUCACGUAACGGUAACAAAUAACUUCUUGAGACUUUGAAAAAAACUGGUGUAAAAGUUAUUUGUGAAUAAAAAGAAACAUUUUGGAUGGAACAAUGUUUUUGUUGUUAUUUAGAGAUAUACAAUAACACCACACACUAAUAGACAACAGCUGAAUGAAAUGCGUAAUUUGCGCAGUAGUCCAUUGUGUACAAGGCCAUGCAUGAUUCUAACAGUUAAUGCUCACAAUAAGAGCGCAGCCUUAACCAAUAGUUAUAAUUCUGUUAAAAGGGUAAACAGAUAGCUGCAUAGAUCUACUUUAUCUAGCUAAACUGUAGGCAAUAGCUUUGACAUAUCCUACACAAUGGGCAAAUCAAUACCAUUAUACAAACACAUGAAUCAAUAUCAACAACAUAAACACAUGGUACUCAAAUGGCAAGUCAAAAAUAAGAGGAGGAGCAAAAACUGCAGUCCACAGAGAAGGCUGUAAACAUGUCUUGUGCAGAUAGAAAUAUGCCAAAAUACUGGCACAGUUGUGAAAUAUAUGAAUAUUUG